AUGCUGCUCAUGUCGAGUGACAUGCUGAAAUCGCUGUGGUUCAUCAUAUUCCCAAUCGUCGACUUCAAAAGUGGUCCAGUUGCCUCGAGGUCAUCAUUCUGCCAAGCCAGCGGCUUCUUCCUCGCAGUCGGCAUAGAGGCAUCGGACAUUGCUGUUGUGCUUAUCGCUUUGCACACAGCCAUUUACAUCUUCCGACCGCGGCAUUCCGGGCGACAGAGUGGAUUGUACCCCCACCGUCGUCUUGCCUUCAGCGCUUUUGCAUUCUUCCCACUUUUGAUGGCUUCAUUGGCGUUUAUCAACUGGCCCGGCUACGUCAACAACGGGGAGUACUGUUACCUGCCCGCCCGCCCUGAAUGGGCAAGACUCGCCCUGAGCUGGGUUCCCCGCUACAUGAUCUUGCUCACCAUUGUUGCGCUUUACGCCUACAUCUAUAUCUAUGUCACUCUUCGCAUGCGGCGUUUCGGUCGACUUAGUGCCAUGCGACGUGCGAGUGCAACACAUAUGUUAGACGAUGGGCAGUGGGCCCAUAUUCCAUCGGUGCCAGCCACCCCAACAUCACGCCGCGGGUCGGAAACCUCGGUGGAAGACUCGGAUCAGCAACGUACCUCUUCCACAAACACUACUAUGACCACCGAGAUUGAGCUUCUCCACAGCCGGCAGAAGAUUCAAUGGAACUGGCCGAGCUAUGGAAACGAGGACGAUGGCCGCAUCCCGGAAUCCAAUGAUAAUGUCUCCCCCCGUGCAUUCGAGGCCAGCACAAGUCCACUUUCCACCAACUUUGAACCUAUUUCGCCUCCUCCGCAAAGCUACAUACGCCGGGAUACGGUCGACUUGAAUCCGGCCCAGACACAAUAUGAUCACGGAAGCUUCAGCACUCAGUGGCAACCACCCAGCAGCCCAACAAGCGCCCGAGCCAAGUCGCUCGCCAACAUCUGGUCAAUCCUCCGUCGAGGCACCUCUCUCGACUCUGACAUAGACCACAACAAUACUCCCUUUCUUUACCAUCCUACUAUUGACGGCACAGGAAUGGCAAAGACUCGCGACAAGAUUCGUCGCCAGCUGCGACUACUUUUUGUUUACCCACUUGUAUACAUACUCAUUUGGGCGGUUCCUUUUGUCGCCCACGUCAUGCGCUGGGACAACCCAGAGCAAGCUGGCCCCUUCGUGGUUGUGCUUUUAUCACUUAGAAGCCGUGGAUAG